AAGGCGAAAGCAGUGAGUCCUUCCGGCAGUACUGUAUCAGUUAGCAGAGGAGGGGAUUGCUGCUGCCGCUGCUGGUGUUGUGAUUAUGGUGGAUGGGUGAUGCUGCUGCUGUCCCUUCUAGAGGCUAGCAAUGAACCGACAGCAACACAAGUCGCAGGAUUUUUACACGGUAUCCCAUUUUUACAAUAGAGAGGACCCCGUUUAAUGCAUCUUCCUAACAAUCGUAUUCACUCAUGCUGUAUUCUUGACUCCCACCUUGGGCCAAAUUUUUAUAAUUGUAUUAUUUAGAACGGACAUCAGUUCUGCACAUUGGAUGCACUGCUGCUAUUUGCAUACCGUUACGAUUUGAGUCUUGCAUCUUCGCUGUUUACAAGGAAUUGUAGUCUUGUCAAUAUAACUUUUAUCUUUUUUACUAUUUAUUUUGUUGAUCCCUUGAGGAAGGGAAGAUAUCCAGCUUUGUUGAGUAAAGAUAGUUAUCAUCUUUUCCAAUGCGAUGCUGCUAGCGAUGGAUCAGCCUGGUUCCCCAGCAAUACUGCUUUUGCUGCUGGGUUCUGGGCUCGCUAUCUGGCCGCAGGUGGCCUAUGAUGGUAGGGGCGAGCAUGUAGGGGUGAUGAAAGUCCCUCUGAAGAACGGACUGCAAGAGGACAGACCAUAUAACAGGAUCCCUCCCUCGGGAUCUAGUCUGAACCCUCGCCGUCGUCGAGAUGCUGUCAGCCGCGGUGGUUCCUUCGUAGACAACAUGAUCGAUAACUUAAGGGGAAAGUCCGGUCAGGGCUACUAUGUGGAGAUGACGAUUGGAACCCCAGCCCAAAAGUUGAAUAUCCUGGUGGACACUGGAAGCAGUAAUUUUGCAGUGGGGGCAGCUUCUCAUCCUUUCCUGAGAAGAUACUACCGGAGAGACCUCUCUAGCACCUACAGGGACUUACGAAAGAGUGUAUAUGUACCUUAUACCCAAGGUAAAUGGGAAGGAGAGCUGGGAACCGACAUUGUCACCAUACCUCAUGGCCCAAACGUCAGUGUCAGAGCCAACAUUGCUGCCAUUACAGUUUCAGAUAAAUUUUUCAUCAAUGGAUCAAAUUGGGAGGGAAUUCUAGGACUUGCAUAUGCAGAAAUUGCUCGGCCGGAUGACACCUUGGAGCCUUUCUUUGACUCUCUGGUGAAACAGACACGUGUCCCAAAUGUCUUUUCAUUACAGCUAUGUGGAGCAGGAUUUUCCAUCAAUGAUUCGGACUCCUUUGCUUCUGUCGGUGGCAGCAUGAUAAUUGGCGGAGUGGACACCUCUCUCUAUGUUGGCAAUAUCUGGUAUACACCGAUCAGAAAGGAAUGGUACUAUGAAGUCAUUAUUGUCAAGAUAGAAAUAAAUGGCCAGGACUUGAAAAUGGACUGUAAGGAGUACAACUAUGAUAAAAGCAUUGUGGAUAGUGGCACCACCAACCUAAGACUGCCCAAGAAAGUGUUUGAAGUGACUGUUAAAUCCAUCAAAGCUGCCUCUUCGACAGAGAAGUUCCCAGAUGGAUUUUGGUUGGGGGAGCAGUUGGUUUGCUGGCAGAUUGGUACAACUCCAUGGCACAUCUUUCCAGUGAUCUCUCUCUAUUUGAUGGGUGAAGCAACUAACCAGUCAUUUCGGAUCACAAUUCUGCCUCAGCAAUAUCUGCGUCCUGUAGAAGAUGUAGCAACCUCACAGGAUGAUUGCUACAAGUUUGCUAUCUCUCAGUCUACAACUGGAACUGUAAUGGGAGCAGUCAUUAUGGAGGGCUUUUAUGUGGUGUUUGAUCGAGCACGGAAACGUAUUGGUUUUGCAGUUAGCACUUGCCAUGUACAUGAUGAAUUUCGGACAGCUGCUGUUGAGGGACCCUUCUUUACUGCUGAUAUGGAGGACUGUGGUUACAACAUUCCUCAGACGGAUGAAUCUACGCUAAUGACCAUUGCUUACAUUAUGGCUGCCAUCUGUGCACUUUUCAUGUUACCAUUGUGUCUUAUGGUGUUCCAGUGGCGCUGUUUCCGGUGCCUGCAACGUGACCAUGGUGACUUUGCUGAUGACAUAUCUCUGCUUAAAUGAGAGCCUUUAGGGAAGAGAAACUUCAAGGAAUAAAAUGGAAAGAGACCUUCUCAUAAGGAACAUCUACACAGGGAAAGUGGAUGUUGAGACCUAGCUAGAAACAUUACUGCUGUUUUUGCAGGUCUUCACACACCAUCUAAGACCCCGUUUGUGCAAUCUUAAGAUGCUCUUUGUUUGUUUUCAUAACAUAAUGUCGUAAGUGCAAGGACUGCCAAUUUAGUGUAGUCCCAGUUUUAACACAGAAAUGGCCAGUGUCAGUAGAGUUGGUACAGAAUUGGUAGUGAUGUGAGGGUACAGAGCGUGCUGACUUCCACCAGUUGUUAUUUUGUUUAAUAUGUUUUUUAUUUAUUUGUUUUGUUUUUAUUGUAUCACUUUUAUUUAUGUUUAGGAGAAAAAGAGUUUGCUAUUGUUUAAAAGCCAUCAACAUUCUUUCAGAAGUCUUGUACUGAGAAACUGCCAGUAUCAAUUUUCCCUACACCUCUUAAAUGAGCAGUGUCUCAAAACAAAAAUGACUGGAGCAUGCUUGAUAACUUAAAGAACCUUUAUUGGGCCACAUGUUUUUGAGGGAGCUGGUCUUCCUGUUGAUAUUAAAAAAAGGUCAGAGCUUAACACUGUUAGCCUAACCAAUGAAGUAACAGAGGUACUGAAUUUAUUCUGGUGAUUUCAUAUGCCACAACCUAGAGAUGAAUUAGCUGAUUUUUCAGUUUGUUUGUGAGAUAUUUAAAACUUACCAUUUUAAGUGUAUUGCAAAGAAUAUAUAUAACAUUGAUUUUAAAAAUAUUUACCUGAAUAGGUGAGGACACAGUCUGUUCUUGUGAAGAGAGUUUCAUAGUUAAGUCACAUGUGGAAUUUUAAUUUAUAAAUUGAAAUAUAUUUGGUAUUCUGUUUCUGUAGUACAGAAGAAAGAACAUUCCUGUGUCAUUGGCAUCCAGUCCUGACACUGAAAUAGGUUCAUAGGUUUGUACGUUUAUAGGUGCAUCCUGACAUUCAAACAGGUACACAUGUUCCUACAUUUAUGGGUGCAUACUAGGCUAUCAACCACUAGGAUCUUUUUAAGCCUAGCCAUGCAAACCAAAUGUGUCCCACAAGUUAUAUGUUUUAGACAUGCAUAUAGGAGGUGAUUGUUGGCUAUGGCAUGAUUUAAUGACAGUCUCUGUACAUCAGAGACAUAGUCACCACACCAAGGGUGAAUUUUCAAUUUCCUAUUCAAUGGCCCAAAUUAAGCUUAAAUAGGGUUAUGAAGGGACUUUGUUUCACAUGGAUGAGGAGACUGUUCCAGAGAAUGGAAAUCCUUUGUGAUAAAUAUCUGUCUGUCCAACAUGUCCUAGUUAUGUUGCAAGAAAAAAUAGGUCUUUAGAUCUAGUAGUUCUGAUGCUGUUUGUUUUACAGAUCUGCAGAAGGUUCAUCAGAGUGGGGUCCAGGGAUGCCUUGUAUGCCAGGCAUAGAUUGCCUCCUGUAGUCUGUAAGAAAUUGACUUUGAUGUGAUCUGCAGACCACAUUGUGUUUAUGCCCAAUAUUGGUACAGUAAGCAAACUGAAUUGUUAAAGAAGAAUAUAAAAAACUUGCUUAACCACCAUAAUUACCUGUUGAAUGCCUGUAACCAUUCUUAAAGAAAUACAGUGCCCUGAACUCAAACAUAUACUGUUUUAAUAAACAAAAUGUUAACACUC